GAAGUGUUUCUCUCGAAAAGCGUAAGUGUCUUGGUGACACAUAGGCCAUUUCACAUUUUUAAAAAAUGCAACUCAUACUUAUGGGUUGACUAAUCUGCUUAUUGUUGACAAGUUUAUAGCCCUUCCCAUAGAAACAGUUUCUUGAUGAAGGGCCUUUUGAAGGCUGGAUCGAAACGUGCUCCGGAUAUCAUUACUCGAAAUAUGUUAGACAGACGUCUGGUUACACCAUUUAUUAGAUUUCGGGUUAGGUUGUACGUGAUAUAUUCUUGUAGAAACACAGCGAGUUACGGAGUGUCAACGUAGCACCUAUGAAGCUCACUAGACUAAAGGUUAACAAAAAAGUCGAAACACUAUUAGCUGAUAAUUACUGCACCGAGAAUUUCAAUGCAAGGAACAAAUAUUGCAACUUCAUCAUUAUCUCAAGCAUCUCAACCACAAUUAUGGUCUCCUAUCAAUCCAAUAACUCAUCAAAAGACAAUGACUCCUGCACAGACUGCUUACAGCACUGAUGUUCUGGCUUCCACAGUACCAUCAUCACAACCACUAGCAUCUUAUUCACAGCCUAAUUCUCAGCCCAUUCAAGCAAGUCAUAUAAGCUCAGAACUACCAGCAGAUGGACCUCUUGUGUCUGAUUGUUAUGCUGCUCUUUUGGGAUUGGCUGAAACUUUCAGGACAAUGAGCCCUCCUAAUAUGCGACUUGCGGUUCAUUGUCUCAAAGCUAUUCUUCAGUUCAAGCUUUCUGUCAAUUUAGAAGCUCGCACACAUUUACAACUUGGAAGGCUACUGUUUCAUUAUAGCAAAAGUGAUGAACAAACAAAAUUUCACUUGGAAAAAGCUCGUACUCUGGGAGCACAUCUCAAAGCUAGUGAUGAUUCAAUUAAAUUUGAAGCUGCUACAUUGUUAGCUGAGUUCUUUGAAAGAAAAGGUAAACGAUAUGAAGCAACUUGUAUUCUAAAUGAUGCUAUCAGAUUAUCAAAUAACAGUCCAUAUUGGCAUUGCCGAAUCUUAUUGGAAUUGGCACAAGCUCAUAUUGCUGAACGAGAUGUGAAUUCAGCAUGUGAAAUUUUGGCAAUGGGCUCAGAGUAUGCACGUUUACAUAAUUCUGAUUAUACAAACGGUUUAUUCCUAUUAAGUAAAUGCAUGUUACUUUUGGCAAGUAGACAACUCCCGGAAGUUACAGUCACAUUAACCAAUGUUAGUCGAUUGAUUGAACAAUUCAAAGGAAAUAUGUAUCAUCGUGAAGCUUUACGUGUAUUUUACCUUGUUCUACAUGUUUCAUUUUAUCUUAUUUCUGGUCAAGCGAAAUCUGCCCAUCCAAUAUUAAGACAACUACAUCAGAGUAUUCAACAAUUUGCUGCUAUGGAUGAAGCUGAUACUACAUCAACUAAUGAAAUUGAACGAUUUCAUUGGAUGCCUCGUGAACAUAUGGUUAUACUAGUUUAUCUUGUUACAGUGAUGCAAUCAAUGCAAGCUGGAAUGUUGGAUAGAGCUAAACGAUCAGCUGAAAAAGCAUUAAUACAAAUUGAAAAAUUAUCUGUAUUCGAUACUAGUCCAUUACUUACUGUGUUUCAUUUAAGUUUAUUAGAACAUACUGCUAUGGGUCGUUUAGUAAUGGGUGUACAAACAGCAGCUGCACAAGAUAUUGGUCAAGCAUAUCGAAUAUGUCAAGCGAAUCCAGCAUUAAUGUAUAAACGUCUCCCACAAUUGCAUACUUUAAUUGGUUUGUAUGCUAUGUCAAUGAAUUGUAUGAAUCAAGCAGAAAAUCAGUUUAAGUAUGCUUUAAGACUUAUUGCUGGACCUCAACAAGUUACAGGUUGUCGAACAACUAAUUCAAAUGAUAAAAAUCUUUUAAGUUUAACUAAUUGUAACCGAGCAUCAUGUCAACCAGAUGGACCACGUGAUUCUUUAUCAGUAUUAAUUUGUCUUAAUUUAGCUUUAGUACAUAUUCGUAAAGGUAACACAGUUGAAUGUGAAGCAUUAUUAAAUGAAGUAUUUUCAUGUGGUAUCCAUGUACUUGAAGGUUGUUGUUGUCUUCGUGCAGCUGCAGAUUAUGUAAGAGCUUUUCAAGCAUUUUAUGAAAAUCGAUUAACCGAUGCAAAAUUAUUUUUACGUGAAACUGUACGAUUAGGAAAUGAAGAAGAAUUGCAUCGUUUAUCAGCUUCAGCUUUUAUUACUAUGGGUCAAAUUCAUUUAAAUGAACAAAAUACAGCUGAAGGUCAUAAAAUGAUUAGUGCAGCUAUUCAUAUAGCUAAUCGUUUACCUGAUAUAGGAAUUCAAUUAUGGGCAACUGCUUUACUUAAAGGUGUGGCUAAUCUACGUGGUGAUACACAAGAAGAAACUCGUUGGUUUACUGAACAUGAUCGUUUUUCAAAAAUUGUAAUCCAUGAACAUAUGCGUGCUAUUUCUGCCCCGGAACAUUCACUUAUUGAGUGGUUAGAUGGACCAUUACCUGAACUCCAACCACCGCAUACAGUUGCAUCAACUUCAGAUACUAAUUUAUUAUAAUUCAUCAUUUCUAUCAAUAUCAAUCAUUGAUCUCCUUAUUACAAAAAAGCAUUGUCAUUUUUUUUGGUUUGAUAAUGAUGCUAUAUUCCUUAAUUCAUUCUUCAUCAUAACUAUCUGUUCUCCUUUUUUUUUCUUUUCUCCCCCCCCAAAUGACAUCGAAAUAAGUCUAGUUUUUUUUAAAAUAGAAAUUCUGUUUCAUUCAAUAUUCAAAUUGUAUUUAUUAUUAUUAUACUACUAACUAUAGUCUUGUUAGUAGUCAUGAUUAGAAUUUUCUCUUUCUCUCUUGUACAAAAAAAACAAACAAGCAAACAUUUAAAUUGUUUUUAUCUUCACAAUAUUUUCCCCUUGUCACUUAGCAACAAGGACAACAACAACAUCAAGAAGUGUAUUUAUAUGAUCAAUAAGCCAUUAACUUUUUUGUUUUAAUUUUGUUUUGUUUUAAUGUUUGAUUUAUAUAUAUAUAAUCUUUUUCAUUUAAUAAUACAAACUACUAUUUGAAUUUAAGUAGUUUUUGUGAAAAAAGAAAAAAAUAUUCAAUUGAAAAUAAAAGUAAACUUUG